AUGGAGGUGUCAGAGGCCCCGAGUGGCCCCUCGGCCCCGCGUGGCCCCAUGAACGUGGUGCAGGACAGCUAUGAGUCAGUGAUCUCCCUGGAUGUUGACAUGGAGCCACCCCGGGGGCAGCUGGAGCCGCCGCAGGGUCUGGCAACGACCCCCUGGAGCCAGGGGCUGUUGCUGCCCGAUUUCCGGAAGCAGCUCAUGGCCAUCAUGCAAACCAUCGGCCAGAGCCAGGUGGAGAAAAUGCUACGGGAGCUGGUGAAGGAGCAGAAGCAAGAAGGGAGAGUCCAGUGGUGCCGCAGGCCCGUGAAGAGCCUUGGCAGCGGAGCAGGCAGCAGGACUCAGAAAGUGAAGGAAGAAGUGCCUCCUCAGGACGGCGGCGUGGAGCCGACGGGUGCCUGGGGCAUGUUUUCAGGGAUGCCCAGAGGCUCAGAGCAGCACCCAGCCCUGGCAGCCCAGCAGGGCCCUGAAGAGGCACCCGAGAGCCCUCCGGCAGCCCCCCAUGGCAAACCGGCUCGGGCGGGAGCCCUCGGGAAGGCCAGAGACGUCCCAACCCCUCCAAAACGCUGGCCAGAGGAGCAGGGCCGAGGCUGGGGGGCCGGCUGCAAGGAGGGCUGCGUGUGGGGGCCCUGGAUCUAUCCCGGCCGGUGUCCCCUCUGCCUCAUGCUGCCCCUCGGCUCCCUUGUCCCUGAGUACCCGCGGCUCAGCCCCGUGGGGCUUUCCUUGCCCCGGCUCACCACUGAGACGAGCCUCGUUGCCUGA